UCAUCCUCUCCACUGCUUCUGCAUUUUGUAUCUUAUGAGUAUUUUAAAACUGGAUCAAACAAUAUCCGGCAACAACCACAACCAGCACGACCACCAAGAAAUGUGGGCCUCCCUCGGGGUCGUAUUUGUUGUGUGUGCAAAAUGGAGGCCUGGAGAGACACAACAGGAAGGAAGCACUCAGCGCGGUGUGCAAAAAACAAAACCAAACAAACCCAGCCUCACGUUUCCUCUCCUCCCUCUUUUUUCUUUUCUUCUCGUCUUCUUUGUCUUUUGUUCUCGUUCCUUCCGUCCUGCCAGAAGAGGCUUCCAGAACCUUCUCCCUCCCUCCUUUGCUUGAUCUUCCCGUUUAGAAACCCCGAAGAUCGGCGGCAGCGGAGCAGGGCCAGCGCUGGCAAACAUGGCUACAGCUGAAUCGGUUCCAGAGCUGCGGAUCGUCAUGGUGGGCAAAACUGGCAGCGGGAAAAGUGCGACCGGAAACACCAUUUUAGGGGUGGAUGCCUUCCCGUCCCGGCCGGCCUCGAGUUCCAUCACCGCCAACUGCAAAAUGGCCACGGAGAUCUUGCCGGACGGGAGGCGCCUGGCCGUCAUCGACACGCCGGGCUUUUUCGAUACCGAGCACUCGGAGCAGGCGACCUGCGCCGAGAUCAAACGGUGCAUGGAGGUGUGUGCGCCGGGACCCCACGCCAUCGUCCAAGUCAUCCGCCUGACCCAUUUCACCGAGGAAGAGUUGGAGUUCGCCCGGCUCAUCACAGACAUCUUCAGCCUAAAAGCCAAGGCGUACAUGAUCGUCUUGUUCACCCACAAAGAAGAGCUGGAGGGACGCUCUCUUCAUGACCUGCUGUCCGACGACAACGACGACGGCCUGGAGCUCCUGCGCUCGCAAAUCAAGAGUUGCGGGAACCGGUGCCUGGUUUUUAACAACCGGGCCGUAGGGUCGGAACGCCAGGCUCAGGUGGACGAGCUGAUCCGGAUGGUGGAUGAGCUCGCGCGGAAGAAUGAGCCGAUGCCGUACUACACCAAAGACAUGUUGGAGUCGGACCAAAAGAGCUCGCCGCAGUGGCCAUGUUCCCUCCUGUGAUACGGAGCAUCUUCCUCCAAUCGAUUUGCGGGAGUGCGAUUGUUGAUUGAUUGAUUUAUUUUUGUUUAUGAGGGUGUGUGUGUAUUUUGUUUGGGGAGUUGUUAUGUUUGGAGUGUGUAGCGGAAGGAACGGGCCCCCGCAGGUGCGUGACGCUCCACUCGCGCGAGCGGCAGACAGGCGAGAACUCACAUGCGAAGGUCCACUCCCGCGAGCGGAGUCCGUUGUUAGGAAUGAUAGUCCCCUAACAGUUGGGUUGGCAAUAUAUAAACCGGGAUAAUCACUUAAUACUAAAUUUGGAUGCAGUGUAUAUCUAUCUAUCUAUCUAUCUAUCUAUCUAUCUAUCUAUCUAUCUAUCUAUCUAUC